AUGUUCAAGGUGAGGUGGAACCGCAAGAAAUCUGAGCAAACGACGCCGAGUUCACCUAUAACACCGCUGCACCCCGUGAAUGACAAUCUGGCGUCUCCAGCACGCGCCAGCUUCGGUGAUGGCCUCCACCCAUACUCCCAAAGCCAGCCGUCACCUGUUCCAGUGUCUCCAGUGACACCAACGUCGAACGCUGUGUUAGCGGAUGAAGAAGAGGACUGCGAUAAUUGUCCUGUUUGCUUAGAGCCGCUUUCAUUCUCUUUCAGACUUCCCGGAGAAAAGCCACAUAUAGUACCAGUUUGUGGACACGCAUUACACGAUCAAUGCUUUACUCAGGUCUACGGCGUGAUCCCCUCUGCGAAAAUACCGUCAAAGAGUUUGGGCGUGUGCGGAAUAUGCAGAAAACCUAUGAACUUAUCAGACGAGGCGGAUGUACAAAUUAAAGGGAAAGGAAAAACUAAUAAACUUGAUAAACUGGCUGGUAUCGCAUCCACACCAAACCCUCGUGAUUUACAAUCUUCUCAAUCAAACGCCUCUUUGAAGAAUCAAUACCAGAGAAAUAACACAGGUUCAACCUUGAGUUUGGCACAGCUGCAGCAACAGCACCUAGAUUCCCCACUAGAUCCCCUAGACAGCUCUGCAGACGACGCUAUACCUGCCGCACCAUCGAGCAGCUCAAACACAUCGAUAUCAAACAACUCAAAAUCAUCGCUCGGCGAAUUAAUAUCGCCUAAUAUCUCAAUAAAAACAGAAUUCAAUGCAGCGAUUAGACCCCAUGUAGAUCAAAAAUCUUCUAUUACAGCUAUCGUAACUGUAAAAAUACCUUCACGACAAGCAGAGUCUAAUCACAUCCAAGAUAGUUAUCAUCCAAGUCUAAUUAGAUACCAACAGCGUCAAUCAGCUCUUUAUAAUGACGACACUGUUUCACAAUUAAGGAGAUCUGACAGUAGAAUGUCAGCAGAUAACGCUAGUAUUAAUUCUACGCCGUCUACCUUCUCAGUACAACCUCAAUUUCAACCGCAGCCUCAACCACAACAACCACCUCCACAACAACCUCCACAAUCACAACAAUCACAGCAAAGACCCCUCAAAUCUGUAACCACAGAUCUGUACAGUAGAAUUUUAGAUUGGAAAGGCAACAACCCUCAUAGUUUCGGAUCAUUAUUAUUAUACUCCCUUAGUUUGACUAUACGAAGGUCAACUCAGUCUCAGACUGCACAAGUUUUCUUGUUUGAGAAUGCUCUCAUUUGCGUUUCUGAAGAUAGGAAGUCCCAUCCAAUGAAAGAUGGUAGAAGGGUACUCAAAUUGAAAGGAAAGAUCUACAUAUCUAACAUAAGAAGAGCUACUUCAAUUGGUGACACUGCACUCGUUCUUGAAACAGAAACUGACGAUUUCCGCGAUUUGACAUUGAUGUUCAUGAUGCGCGAUGAGCGCGAACAAUGGAAGGCCCAAUUUGACAAGCUUAUAUACUCAUCUGUGAAUAUUCAGCACCAUCAGCCGCAACCGCAGCAAGUGAAUACUCUACAAAAUCAACAAACGGAACAAUCACCAGAAUCACCUGCAAGUUCUUUGAGGGAACGAAUCGAAAAGGAACGUAUUUCAAGGUUACUCACACCACAGCUUGGAAAUAACAACAGGCAGUCGCAGCAGACUAGCUUCUCAGCACCACAGGUACCAUUCACUGCGCCGCUGUCACCAGUUUCUUUACCACAUUCCCCAAGAUCGACAGCACCAAGUUCGUAUGGCAAAGCGAGCAGCAUAGCGACUUCAGGAAUAUCAACUAACCCAUCUGACGUCUCUGCAUUUGGUUUAGCCUAUGCUGGUGAAGGUGGUGGAAACAAAGCUAGAGAAUCAAUGAGAUCGUCUGUAUCAGCAAAUGUGUCAGCGAAUCUGUCUGAACAUUCGUUAGUGCAACUCGCCCCUCAUGAUGGUACACUUCAUCCGCACGCGCCUGCUGAUGUCGUCCUCAUAUUACCUCUACCAACAUCUCAACAUGGUAGCCCGACGUUGAAACUCAGAUUCUUAAAGUCAUCCCUCGAAUUUGUCAUCAACAAGCUAGGCCCACGUGACAGAAUCUGCGUUGUUACUUUCAGAUCAAUGCAGGGUGGUGCAUUGAGAAGGACUCCAUUUAUAACACCAUCAUCUAUCAACGGAAAACAAAAGUUAUCGAGAUUCUUGGAAACUUUCGGUAACAACUGGGAUGAUUCAGUCUAUGGUAUUGAUGGCGCGCCUGACCCUUUCAAAGUUGGUACGAAAGCAGACGAGAAGACGGAUGUAGUUACCGCAAUGAAUGCCGCUCUCGAUGGUGUUUUACAAAGAACAAGCAAAAAUGCAGUAACUGGUAUCUUCCUAGUCAGUGAUAAUCAAGAUCCUACUCGUCGCGCUCAAAUGGAACUGGUUUUGGCCAGAGCUGAAGCAGCUUCCGUCCCGAUCCAUACACUCGGAUGGAGUAGAGUGCAUGAUCCAUCAUCACUUUGGUUAUUGAGUUCACACACUGGGGGUACAUACACAUUUGUGAAAGAAUGGAAUCAGUUGAGGGAUUGUAUAGCAGGUGCUGUUGGUGGAUUAUUCAGUGUUGCAGCUACGAAUAUGAAACUUCAUAUAAACGUUCUCGACUGGCCUAUGGUUCGAGUGAGGAAGGUUUCUCCGUCUACCUCGACUAUUGUCUCAAGUGAUGGGAAUGAAGUACACGUUGAACUCGGAGAGAUACACUUCGGAGAACAGCGAGAGUUACUGGUUGAGAUGGAUCUUAUACACCCUGCAAAAGCUACAAUAGGUAGUUCAGGGUUAAACACCAAGCGAUUGUCGAGGUACUCGACUCAAGCUAAUGUUAAUUCGAAUAUCCAAGACGGCUUAGCCGGAUUGACAGUUGGCGAAACAAUGACGGAUGCCUAUGAUGAUUUGAUUGACGAAGCUGCUUUAUUUGAAGUUGAUGCAUCAUACCAUGAUCCAAACGUUGGCAGAUCAGUAUCAAGGCUCGUACAGCCAGUUUUAUUGACGAUGACGAUACAUCCUAACAUAAUGACGGACAACCAGUCGACGAUUGGAUCAUCAAUUAAUAUGACUUCACAGCGUUUGAAUGCAAUCUUAGGUAAUCCAGAUGCGAAUGUUAUAAGACGUAGAAUGGAAUUACUUAGUUCUGAUAUGAUAACGAGAGCUUUGAUACUUAUCUCUCGCAAGAAUAAUGGUCAAGCUCAACGUCUUCUCACCGAGACUGUUAGACUAGUCAGAAUGGCAAUAGCUAAUCUCAUAAAUAGCACAUCGUUCUCACCAAAUGCGAACUCACCUUCAAUGUCAGUAUCUGCUGGUAGAUUUAAGAAAGACCAUAGUAUACUCUACACAGCUGAUAUACUUGAAGCUAUACUCUUUGAACUUGAAACACUUUUGGAAGGCUUGGAAGAGCAUAAAGAAAACUUUGAGCGCGAGCAGCGUAAUCUAGGCGCACAACAAGCUAUGAUACUCAGAGAUCAAAAGAGUUGGACUGGAAGGAGUCCAAUAGAGAGACUCUUCUGGAAUUUCGACAACUCAAGAGGUCUUUUGGUAAAAUCACUUGAGUGGAAUAGAUAAAAUAAAGAGGACACCAAGAUAAUUUAUUGCUGAUGACACUACUUUAACAUUUUCUAAAAUAUCAAAGGUUUUUUAAUGACUCUCGUUUAAUUUGUUUUCACGUCAUUUGUUUUCUGUCUUACAUUUCUACCUUUUUUCUCAUGUAUGUUGUCUAAGAUAAAAUAGCCG